AUAAAUAACAAAAUAUAUUUUUAUCUAUUAGGUACAUAUUCGUCACUGUAAUCUUCAUACAAACAAAUAUUCGUGCCAAUGACAUUUGACACUUGGCAGUUGACUUCUGACAAUUGUUUUCAUUGUAAUUUGUAGGAUGAUUAGCGAAUAACGACUUUAACUGCGAUCUGUGCCUGUGCAAACAUUGAACGAACAUGAAACAAUAUUAAAUUAGUGUUAAUACGGUGCGGGCGAAUUCUGUUUUAUUUUGUUUUCUACAAUUCCAGGAUCUCAUCAAUGAUUUAUCUCUUGCAUCGAUUAAAUUGAACAAAAUGAAAUUGUUAAUUUUUGUUGUUGUUAUAACUUUAUCGAAAGCCAAUAAAACUCCCCGCGUUAGUCCCGGAUACGAUUGUGAUUAUUGCCAACCAGAACAGAUUCAUAUUUCCUUUGGAUCCAAAACCAACGACAUAGUGGUAACAUGGACAACAUUCAAUGACACUCAAGAGUCACGAGUACAGUAUGGGGUGGGGGUCAUGGACCAGGAGGCCGUGGGCUCCAGCACCGUGUUCACUGACGGAGGAAGGAGGAAGAGGACCAUGUGGAUACAUCGCGUCCUGUUGAAAGACCUCAACUUUAAUACUAGAUAUGUAUAUCACGCGGGGUCGGUGUACGGUUGGUCGGAGCAGUUGUCGUUCAAGACUCCGCCCCAGGGCGAAGACUGGGUGGUGAGGGCCGCCGUCUACGGAGACAUGGGCAGCAAGAACGCGCAUUCGCUGUCGUACCUCCAGGACGAGGCCGAGCGCGGCCACUUCGAUCUGAUCCUGCACGUGGGAGACUUCGCCUACGACAUGGACACAGACGACGCGCUCGUGGGAGACGAGUUCAUGAGGCAGAUACAACCGCUGGCGGCCGGCCUGCCCUACAUGACCUGUCCGGGGAACCACGAGUCCAAGUACAACUUCAGUAACUACCGCAACAGAUUCUCGAUGCCGGGCGACUCUGAGAGUAUGUUCUACUCCUUCGACCUGGGCCCGGUCCACUUCGUGUCCAUCUCCACGGAGUUCUACUACUUCCUCAACUACGGCUUCAAGAUGGUCGCCAACCAGUUCUACUGGCUCGAGGAAGAUCUCAGGAAGGCCAACGAACCGGAAAAUAGGCGGGCCCGGCCUUGGCUCGUGAUGUUCGGUCACCGGCCCAUGUACUGCAGCAACUCGGACGACGUGGACUGCAGCGUGGAGUACACACGCAAGGGCCUGCCCUUCCUGGGCCUGUACAGUCUGGAGCCCCUGCUGAAGGAGUACCACGUGGACCUGGUGGUGUGGGCCCACGAGCACAGCUACGAGCGGUCGUGGCCGCUGUAUGACGGACGAGUCUACAACGGGACGGAAGGAGCGUACGUCAACCCGCGCGCGCCCACACACCUGGUGACCGGCUCCGCGGGCUGCCAGGAGGGAAGAGAUCACUUCAAACACGAUCCGGCCCCGUGGUCCGCGUUCCGCUCGCAGGACUACGGCUACACGAGACUCAAAGUUUACAACAAGACGCAUGUUCAUAUCGAACAGGUAUCCGUGGAUUUGAAUGGACAAGUAAUAGACGCCUUCUGGUUAAUAAAGACAAACAACACAACGUUUUUAUGAAUAAUUACUUUAUUCAUUCUAAUAUAAUUAAUAGAUACUCUAUUAGUAUUAGUACUUACAAUUAGUAGUAUUGGCUCUUUUACAUAUGUUGUGGUGUGAUCAAAAUAAUUUUAGAAGUACAGAAUAACUGCCUCUCGCGUACAUAUACUUAGUAGCUGAAUUAAAUAUAUUUUUAAUAUCCCAACAUUAAUAAACGAAAGCUUUCUGUCAUGACUUCUUUGUGAUAUUUCAAUUAAGAUAUUAUGUCGCUCUAAAACCUAAAUAUAAAUAGUUAAAUAAAAAAUAUAAAUACGUCACAAAUUUUAACCAACAUUUAUAUUUGAAUGUAUAAAUUAUAAAGUUUUAUUUUACAAAUUAAAGUUUCGGGAACCAUAGCGUAAAGGUUGUCGGAGUAGUGUUGUAAUAUGUAAUAUAACAUAGUAAAAGUUAAAACGUAGGUAAAUAACAAGCUUUACACAACUCAAUUAUUUAUUCUCAAUAAAUUAUGAUUUAUGAUCAAUAUAA